GAGGUAUGGCAUUACGAGGCUGUGAAAACUUGGUAAAAACAUGGCGACGGUGGAAGCGUCGCGUGAGUUUCGGCUCCUUGGUCUGAAUCAGUGGUUGAUUAAACAGUGUAAAGAGAUGGGAAUACUGAGUCCGACAGAAAUACAAGAGAAGACGAUUCCUGAGAUUCUUAAAGGAAGGAACUGUAUUGGUUGUGCCAAAACUGGAAGUGGAAAAACAGCAGCCUUUGCUCUACCAAUUCUACAAAAGCUGUCCGAAGAUCCUUACGGCAUUUUUGCUCUUGUUUUAACACCAACAAGAGAACUGGCUUUUCAGAUAUCUGAACAGUUUGAAGCAUUUGGGAAAUCUAUUGGGCUCAAGAGUGUUGUUGUUGUUGGUGGAAUAGAUACAAUGAAACAAUCUUUGGCCCUUAGUAAUAAGCCACAUGUUGUCAUAGCAACUCCAGGAAGGCUUGCAGACCUACUGAGAACCACAGACACAUUCUCAUUAGAAAAGAUAAAGUUUCUUGUGCUUGACGAAGCAGAUCGUUUGUUUGAAGACAGUUUCUCUGAAGAUUUGAAUGACAUCUUUGAACAUAUACCAAAGGAAAGACAAACACUUCUUUUCACUGCAACAUUAUCAGAUCCAAUAAAAGCACUGAAAGAUUCCACUGAGAAAAGGCCAUUUUACUAUGAAAUCCAGUCAGACAUUGCAACUGUGUCUGAGUUAGAUCAACGAUUUGUUCUUGUACCUCCGGUGAUGAAAGAUUCCAUGUUGGUAUAUAUUGUGAGGGAACAUGCCGAAAACAAGUCCGUCAUCAUAUUUACUAGUACUUGCAGAAACUGCCAAGCACUGGCCAACAUGCUUCGAAAGAUUGAACUUGAUUGCGUCCCACUUCAUUCUUUGAUGUCACAGAAAGACCGUUUAUCGACGCUAGCACGGUUUAGGGGCGGGAUGGUCAAAAUAUUAGUUUCCACUGACGUAGCUAGUCGUGGGCUUGAUAUCCCUAUUGUGGACAUGGUUAUAAAUAGCAACGUACCAGCUAAUCCAACUGAUUAUAUACACCGUGUUGGUAGAACUGCUAGGGCAGGCCGUGGGGGUAUGGCAGUUACACUUACCACACAAUACGACAUCGAAAGAAUAAAAGCAAUUGAGGAAAGAAUUAACACCAAACUUGAAGUAUUCCAAACUAACGAAAACGAAGCCGUUAAGCUCCUCAAGGCCGUGUCUAUUGUGAGACGAGAAGUGGAGCUAAAAUUGACCGACAGUAAUUUUGGAGAAAAGCGAGAAAUCAACAAAAGAAAAAAGAGAAUAUUAGACAAAGAAUCUGAAAGGGCAAAGAAGAAAAGAAAAGUUAAACAGAAAGGAAAUUAGAUAAAGUUGAUUCUUGUCUCUUACUACGCAAUAAUGUUUCGUACAUACUUAA